GUCACUCUGGGCACCCCGCCGCUCAGACUCUAUGGCAUAACACCAGCCGCUCUAUCUGCGGACUCGCAGUACUCCAUGGCCUUCUUCCGGCUGGUCUAGCGGGCCCCCUUACAACUCUAUGCUUCUCGGCGGCGGCCGCUCUAUCCCGGUGUCCUCCCGGAUGUUUAUGGGGCCGUUAAAGGGGCCGCUCCGGGCUGCGCGGCCGCGAUCCCGCGAUGCUGCUCACGGUGAAGGCGCUGCAGGGCCGGGGCUGCAGCCUGCAGGUCUCCCCAGACGAGCACGUCAGCACCCUGAAGCGUCUGGUCUCAGAGAAGUUGAACGUCCCAGUCUCUCAGCAGCGGCUGCUUUUCAAGGGCAAGGCCCUGGCAGAUGAGCACCGGCUCUCAGACUAUUCCAUCGGCCCUGAGUCCAAGCUGAACCUGGUGAUCAAACCGCCGGAGAAGGCUUCCCCCGAGGAACCGGGGCACAGGGGACCCCCGCCACCAUUCCCGACCAUCUGGCACCCGCUGGGCCAGGUCCUGACUCGGCACUUCAGCACAGCUGACGCGGAGAAGGUGCUGGAGCAGCUGCAGAAGGAUUAUGAGCGGAGCCUUCGCCUGCUGAGCCUGGAUGACAUUGAGCGGCUGGCCAUGCGGCUGCUGCACCCAGAGGUGGCUGAUGCGGUGGAGAUGGGAUUCCUGGACUAGCACCCAGACAGCUGUGGGCCCGGGGGAAAGACUUCAGCCUGGCCCUCCCUGCACCUGGAACAAGGCGCCUGCAGGGAGGGCCCCGUAGGGGGCUCGGGGUCCCUCUGCCCCCUCCUCACGCCUCUGAACUGCUGCUAAGGAGCCUGUCUGUGUCUCCCAUUCCCCAUUAAAGGUGAUGGUAGGUGUGA